AUGACCGUCGACGAUGCUGUUCUUAGCAAGGUUACGAAGUACGGCAAAUUGAUCAAAAAGAAAGAAAAGGUGGCUCAUGCGUUAGCCAGAUUGAACAACAUCGAAAUGACGCUGGAAAUCUUGUCAGCCACAAAUAUCGGACGCUAUGUGAACAAAUUGUGCCACGAUGCAGAGUAUGGACGUGAUGCAUCGAGAAUCAUUGAAAAAUGGAAAGAAAUUGCUCGUCAAAGUGGUGUUCGAGGUGGUGAUGAGGAUCGCAAUUCUGAGGACGAUCAAUCACAGCAGUCUCCAAAUCUCGGACACAAUUCAAAUGAGCAGGAAUCGUUUUCGAAAAAAGGUUAUGGCGACGAUUCUCGCGAUCGUCACUAUUCUGAUAACGAGGAUGGUUAUAACGUAGACUCUGACGAGCACUCAUCUGGGAGACAUCGACGUAAAGUUGAGAAGAGAGAUAAUUAUCAUGAGGAGAGGAGAAGCGAUGACGAGAGCCAUGAUUACGAUGAGAGGCACCACAGUGAUCACUCUGGUUAUGGUGACGAUGAUCGAAGUCGGCAGUCUGAUUAUAAUGAUGAAAUUCGUGAGAGGAAUUUUCGUGAUAUAGAACGUGGAAGUGACAAUGAUAGUGACGAUGAUAAUGCUAACAAAAGUCUUGACAGAAACUAUGAUAGCGAUGAAUACAGUGAUGUUGCCAAUUUCAAAACAUGUGCGACAUCGUCUAACCAGAGCGAGGUCAAAGAUUCGAGAAAAAGACGGCACCAUUUGGAGGAACCAGGAUCAUCACAGCACUCAUCACAUCCGAAGACAAAAAAGGUCUCAUCGAGCAAGAAGGUUGUCACCGAAUUCGAUAUGAUUUUGCAAAGUGCCGACUCUGGACCGCCAAAACAUAAGAAGCAGCGAGAGCCUCACAUCAAAUGGACUGAAAUGCCUGUUUUGACUAAUUAUCAACCAUUUCCGCAAGCUGUGCGAGCAGCGAAGGAUCCAAAUGCGCCGCCUGUUGAUGACUUCAAUCCGGAGAAUAUGUUCAAACCUCGCAAUGAGCGUGGUAAGGUGUUUGCUGGACGUCGAAAAAAUACUCCCAUGAUUGUGCCAUCAUUGUUUAAUAUAUGCCUGAGAGUGCUCGGCAACAAUAUAGGAGUUUUAUUAUAUGCGGAAUAUAUCCCUUACGACGUGCUUAAGCCGGUACUUGAAAAAUGUACUGACGAAGAACUUGCUAGCAUAGAAUCAAAGCAUCCGUACAUUGAAGAUGAUUCUGGUGAGCUCUGGGAAAAAUUCGUUUCCAAAAAGUAUCCAGGCGAAGAACCAGCCUCUGACGGGACGUGGAAGGACUUAUACUACUUCCUCGAGAAGGAAAAGGAGGAAAAAUUGAAACGUCUAAGUAAGCGCAUUGGUAAGAUGCAUCAAGCUGACUCGACCAAAGCACAGAGGAAGACUAUACUUGCUGAUGCAACAGCUCCCCUAUCUGUGAGACGACGCCAGAUGCAGCACGGUAUCGCACAUAUGUCCCGUCCUUUGCCGAGCGCCAUCGAAGUAUCCAGUGCUCGCAGGAAGAUCUUUGAGACUGGAGGCUCUAAAGCUGCAUUGUCCACGUUACCUACAGCGGUUGUAAAUCGUAAUUCGACAGUUGGAGCGAAAACUGAUCGCCACGCGAAAAAACCACCUGCGAAGAAAGGCGCGUUGAUGAUCAAAACCAUGAAAAUGCUGAACAUGAGGCGUAAAUGA